GUCCGCUUGCACUCAACUCACCUGCCCUCCCACCAAACUACUCUUGACUACCAAGUCCGUUGCAAUCAAAGAAUCCGCUGCCUAGAAUUCGCCAAAAUGUCGCGCCAUCACCCCGAUCUCGUCAUGUGCCGCAAGACGUCCGGCAUCUCCAUCGGCCGACUCUGCGAUAAGUGCGACGGGAAGUGCCCUGUCUGCGACUCCUACGUACGACCUACGACGUUAGUCCGAAUCUGCGACGAAUGCGCCUUCGGAAACUAUCAGAACAAAUGCGUGGUCUGUGGUGGCGAAGGCAUCUCGGACGCUUUCUACUGCUUCGAGUGCACGCGACUCGAGAAGGACAGGGAUGGGUGUCCAAAGAUUAUCAACCUUGGUAGUUCGAGGACGGAUCUGUUCUACCAGAAGAAGAAUUUUAGGAAUCAUUGAGAGGAGGGACGACAAGAGGUUUAGAAUGAAGGGAACUGGAUAUAUGGCCAUGCUCGCAGCACGGCUUGGAAGGAGGACGCACACUGCCACACGACCUUAAGAGCAGCUCCUGCAAUGCAAGAAGCUGCAGAUGCCCACACAAGCAUUAGGGCGACAGGCAACGGGCAGCAAGCACAGGUUGGAGUUCUCCCGCUUUGAGAUGAGAUCGCGGAAUCAGCUGCGACGGAAAGCAAAACACAUCAAGAAAGCAGUUGGCAAGCACCUGGCUUGUUCAUUGAGUCGUCAGGCUGCAUAAGUCAUGACCCUUCACUUUCGAACAUACGUUCUCAGGCGUGCUAUUGAGGGCGCGUGCGCUCCUCCUAAAGACGAAAACCACGUCCGCGAAGAGCCGCUCGAUUCGAUCAAUGAGGUGCGUGUCGCGCCUGUGUUCUUGCAGUCCUCGUGAACCUAGUAUGGUCAGUAGCGGUCGAGUAGGGAGCUUGAUGGCUGAUGCACUUACGUGAGGCAUGCACGCGCAACAUAGACGCCAGGUCUUCUUGACAGAUCGCAUGCGGCAGCUUGAUCUCUUGCAGUCCGAGCGAUGCGGCGGUGUCAUUCGUCCACUCAUACCAGCCGGAAUCUGAUCGAACCGGCGUGCUUGUGUGCAGGAUACGAACGUUGGCGCCCCUGCCAGAUGACAGCA